AAUCUCUCAUUCUGGCCUGCCACUCCAUGCUUACACCAGCAGGGUGUCAUGGACAAGAUACACUAGAGUCACAUUCUGUGAAGAGUCCAAGUACGCUGGGCCCUGCCAGACCGUGUGACAACAGAGAGGGGUGGAAUCACCACAGGCCUGGAAGGACCCUGCAGUUUUGCUUAGACGAAAAACACUAGCCAAGGCGCCUGCAAGUCGCGGCUGCCAGGGGAGGACCAGGGAAGUCGGCGGGUCCCGUUGAGUCCUGCGCGCUGGCGGCGUCUGGCCUCUUACGACCGACCCACAUAAAACCUCAGCUGCGGCUCUUGCGCGACGCUCCCCGGUUCUCGCUACCUCUGAGGGGUCGGAGUCCCGCGGCCUGCGCAGCCCAGCUCUCAGCUAACAGGAAGGAAGAAGGGCACGACCUGAAACUGGCGAGUUGCACUCUGCUGGUGUCCACGUGGCCAGUCCCUCCUACAAGGGAAGCUGGGGAGAGCAGACUGAAAUCCAGGGUUCUGCUGGCUCAUUCUUUCUACUGCCAUCUUGUGGUCAAGGGCUGACACUGCUUCACUCGUGCAGAACCUUUGCCUGGCUGCUGCUGUUUUGGAUAGAGGGCCACUGCUGGUGGAAUGGCCAGCCUGCAGGAGGCCAAUGGAAGCACAGCAUGGCCACCGCCCCCAGCAUCCAAUAUCAGUGAGCCCCACCAAUGCCUGCUGUUGCUGUAUGAGGAUAUCGGCUCCUCCAGGGUCCGGUACUGGGACCUCCUGCUGCUCGUUCCCAAUGUGCUCUUCUUCAUCUUCCUGCUCUGGAAACUUCCCUUAGCUCGAGCCAAGAUCCGUGUCACCUCCAGCCCCAUUUUUAUCACCUUCUACAUCUUGGUGUUUGUGGUAGCCCUGGUAGGCAUUGCCAGGGCUGUGGUUUCUAUGACAGUCAGCGCCUCUGAUGCUGCGACAGUUGCUGACAAGAUCCUGUGGGAGAUCACCCGCUUCUUCCUGCUGGCCAUCGAGCUGAGUGUGAUCAUCCUGGGCCUUGCCUUUGGUCACCUAGAGAGCAAGUCCAGCAUCAAGCGGGUACUGGCUAUCACCACAGUACUGUCUCUGGCCUACUCAGUCACCCAGGGCACUCUGGAGAUCCUGUACCCUGACUCCCAUCUUUCUGCUGAGGACUUCAACAUCUAUGGCCACGGUGGCCGGCAGUUCUGGCUCGUCAGCUCUUGCUUCUUCUUCCUGGUCUACUCACUGGUGGUCAUUCUCCCCAAGACCCCGCUGAAGGAGCGCGUAUCCCUGCCCUCACGGAGGAGUUUCUACGUGUAUGCAGGCAUCCUGGCCACACUCAACCUGCUGCAGGGUUUGGGGAGUGCCCUGCUCUGCGCUAACAUCAUUGAGGGGCUCUGCUGUGUGGAUGCCACCACCUUCCUGUACUUCAGCUUCUUUGCCCCGCUCAUCUAUGUGGCCUUCCUCCGCGGCUUCUUCGGCUCAGAGCCCAAGAUCCUGUUCUCUUACAAAUGCCAAGUGGACGAGGCUGAAGAGCCGGACAUGCACCUGCCACAACCCUACGCCGUGGCCCGGCGCGAGGGUGUAGAGUCUGCAGGGCCUGUGGGGGCCUCUGCAGCCAACUACUCCAGCACACAGUUUGACUCUGCUGGGGUGGCCUACUUAGAUGACAUUGCCUCCAUGCCCUGCCACACGGGCAGCAUCAACAGCACAGACAGCGAGCGCUGGAAAGCCAUCAAUGCCUGAGUGGGCACCUAAGCAUGGGGAGGCCUGUGAAGACAGAUGGGCUCCUGGGUAGAGUGGAGUGCCAGUGUUGGGGAACUCGUGUGGAUACCCCUGGGCAGGCAUGCCUACGCCCCAGGCUACCAGCCUCUUCCUGUCCGUCACCCCGUUCUCCUUUGCCUCCUGUGCUCUAGUUUGAGACCACCGCCUCCCCAGCUCUACCUUCCUGCUGGGGUCCUGCCUGCCCAGCUCCUUGUCCCUUCUCCACAGCUCUCGGCCACAAGGCUGCAGUGUAUAUAUUUUCUUGAUCUAUUUUUUAAUAAAAGUAAAAAGUAGUA